UUAAGCAUUUGCAAUAAAAAAAAAAAAAAACUUAGUCAAUGUUUUGAAGUCUGAAUGAAAGAACCAAAAUGAAUCGAUCUUGUGCAGGAGAAGCAUCACAACCCUGCUUUAAUGGCUGUUUUCUAUCUCCACUUCUUCCCUCCAAGGAUUCCCAUAAUAGUUCCAAGUCUAGAGUCAAUAAUGCAACUGGAUCAAACUAUGAUCUCAUAGCAGCCACAUCUUCCACUCUUCACCCAUAUACACAUUUCACAAGCCAUGAGUCCCUCCCAUCUUUGCACGAAUCAUAUAUUAACUUCAUCAAAGGAUUCCCUCAAUUUUCUACAACUUCUCGAGUUGAUCAAAUUCGAGCCCAAGAAUACCAUCACUUGAAUAUCUCCAACACCUGUUUCGAUUAUACUGGAUAUGGCCUUUUCUCCUAUGCUCAACAGCAGAGAUCCUGUCCCACAACUUCAAUUGCUUCUUCUUCAUCAUCAUCAUCAUCAUCUCUUCCAUCAUUGCCAUACUCGAACAUAGAACCAUCCUUUGAUAUAUCCUAUAAGACGGUGAAUUUGCAGUCACAAAUACUCUAUGGUGGCCACGAAUCAGAAUUAGAGUCCAGAAUUACAAAAAGAAUUAUGGCAUUUAUGAACAUCUCUGAAGAAGAUUACACCCUGGUUUUCAUAGCCAAUGAGGUAUCUGCAUUUAAACUUGUAGCCGAUUCUUUCAAAUUUCAAUCUAAUGGAGAGCUUCUCACAGUGUAUGACCAUAAGAGCGAGGCAUUGGAUAUGAUGAAUGAGAGUUGCAAGAAGCAAGGAGGGAAUAUCUCUUCAGCUGAGUUCACAUGGCCUAAUCUCGAAAUCGAGUGGAGAAAAUUAAAGAAGAUGAUUAUGAGUGGAAGGGAAAAGAGAAAGAGAGGUCUAUUUGUUUUCCCACUUCAUUCAAGGGUUACUGGAGCAUCAUAUUCUUAUUUUUGGAUGUCCAUGGCAAAACAAAAUGGUUGGUUUGUCUUGCUUGAUCUAUGUGCUUCCAAACCUAAGGAAAUGGACACCUUGGGUAUGUCUCUCUUUAAGCCUGAUUUUAUUGUUUGCUCAUUUUUCAAAGUCUUUGGUGAAAACCCAUCAGGUUUUGGUUGCUUAUUUGUCAAAAAAUCAAGUAUCUCUGCUCUAGAAGAUUCAGGCAAUGCUACAAGCAUAGGAAUUGUAAGCCUUGUCCCAGCAUUUAAACAAUCUCAGCUCCAUGAAAAAGUCAUUACUGAAACUUCUCAACAGCAUGAGAAUGAAGAAGUGUCUAAGGGGGAAUCAAUAUCAGAAAUUGUGGAGUUAUGCAUACCCCUUUAUUCAUCUAGUUCUAGAAGCUUGGAUUUUGAUUGUAGAGGACUAGAUCAUGCAGAUUCAGUGGGGCUAAUGGUGAUAAGUACCAGGGUCAGGUACCUGAUCAAUUGGCUUGUUAAUGCACUAAUGAGUCUUCAGCAUCCACAUAAUGAAAAUAGGCUUUCCUUAAUUAGGAUCUAUGGACCAAAGUUAAAUUCUCACCGUGGACACACUGUGGCAUUUAAUAUAUUUGAUUGGAAAGGAGAGAAGAUUGAUCCUGCACUUGUGCAGAAGCUAGCUGAUAGGAACAAUAUCUCUUUAAGUUGCUCAUUUUUGAAAAAUAUGAGGUUCUUAGAUAAGAAUGAACUAGAGAAGCAACGGGCCUUAGAAACUAGAGCAUCUGAGGUUGAAGGGUUGGGCCUGUCCAAGAAGAAAUGUAGGAAAGAGUCUGGGAUAUUUGUUGUGACUGCUGCACUGGGUUUCUUGACAAACUUUGAAGAUAUUUACAGGUUAUGGGCUUUUCUUUCAAGGUUCCUCGAUGCAGACUUUGUGGAGAAAGAGAGGUGGAGAUACAUGGCUCUAAAUCAAAAUACUAUUGAAGUAUGAAUAUGUUUACUUCUAUUUUCACGUUAAUUGACAUUGUU